AUUCCUUUUUGAUUUCGUAUUUGUUUCGUUGGGGACGUCUUUCAUUUUUGUUUCCCACACGCACUUCACAAGCAAAGCGAAUAGAGCUUCAGUGACAUACACGCAUUGGACAUUGGUUGGACCUUAUAUAUAUAUUGGAUAGUAAAUACGCUGAUUAUCUGAAAUAAUACAAAAUUAAAUAAUACUGUACAUAGAAUUGGUUUAUGAAGGAAUUUAAUCUAAUAAUAUAUCUGGGAACAGCACGAAAUACAAUACUCCCAUUAUGGAUGACGUUGUUAAAUUGGAGUACCUUGUGUGCGGGGAAAUACUGGCUCCAAUUUCCGUCAAUGCGAAGGAGCAAUUCUUCUUGAAAUGCCUGGAAUGCGAUGAAUAUUUUACGAUGUUGGAAGAGUUUAUAAUGCAUUAUCAGUACUGUCAUAAUGAUAAAUUUAAGAUGACAAUGCAUUCUCCCGACACGAGUAACGCCCAAUAUCAACGUGAAGUGGAUAUACAGUAUGCAGAUGAAUGCCAGGAAGAUCGUGACAUCCAUGAAGAAAAUGAUGUUGAAGAAGUCAAGGAUGAAAAUGAAGAAAAUUAUGAAGCUGAAUAUGCGUUGGUCAAUGAAAGUCAAGAUAAUAUCGACGAGGAUUUUGGGGAGGAAGAAGUUCACAACUUUAAAGACAGUGAGGGAGAGGAUGGAAGUGGUGAUGAUGAUAAUGAAAUUGGUGAUAAUGAAAUUGAUGAUAAUGAAGUUGAUGAAGAUGCUGAAAUUGAGAUGUAUGACGAGGAAAACGACAAAGCUGACGAUGACGACGAACUAUUGCAGGACGCCGACGAUAGCCAAGAGGAAUACGACGAUGAAGGAUCCCAAGAUUUUGAUAGGAUUGAAACAUCUAACAAUGAUGACGAACUAAUAGGCGUACAAAGUAAUUCGAAGUCGUUUAUUUGUGAAUUUCUCAAGUCUGAUAGUAAUUACAAAGCUUUCAUAGAAGCAUACCAAAAAGAACCACAACUGUGGAAUCUCAAAGAAUUUCCAAGCGCGUUGAGCGAUGCUGACCGAAAUGCAUGUCUAGAGAGAAUUGCGUUGGAAAUGAAGAAAUCACAACAUAUUGAACUAAAUUCACAUGAAGUUGAUCUUAUUAUACGCCAUAUACGAUCGACUUAUAUGGAAAAUUUAAAACGUUUCAAAAAUGCUGAGCAACGAGUGGCUGCUGCAAGAUGUAAUCGUGUUCCUUUGUGGUAUUUCAAUGCAUUAUACUUUUUGGAAUCCCUUCUGGGUGAUGGCCCCGAUGUCAAAUCUUCAAAUCGUAGGCAUCUAAAGCGGGAACAAAUUUUAAAAAUGAUCGCUAUAUACAAGAGAUUUCCUUAUUUGUGGAACACGAACUUGGCAGAAAAUGUAUGUUCCAAUAAGCGACAGGAAGCUAUUCAACAAAUGCAAGAGACGGUACGCAUUGAAAUGGGUUUGAUAAUAAAGGAAUGCUCGUUGAAAAAGUACUUAGAAACGAUUCAUGUUCAUUUUCGUAAUGAAAAAUUAGGUUUUAAAGAUCGACGAAGGAGACGUAAAACAAAAUCAAUAUAUUACAAACAUUUGAUGUUUCUAAACGGUCAUGUUGGACCAAUUGACUGUACAUUUUGUGGCGUAAAAUAUAAAAACCCUUUGUCUCUCAAAGUGCACAUUUACCAGAACCAUCAUCAAAAUGAUCCCCUUAAAUGUGCAAUUUGUGCUAAGAUAUAUGAAAAAAUUGAACCGUACAUUGCUCAUGUUAGGCGACAUAUGAGUGACUUACCAGAUGAAUGCAAGGAAUGUGGCAAACGAUUUAUUAGGGCUGCAGAUCUUAGAUUACACAUGCGUACCCAUACCGGUGUGAAACCGUAUUGCUGUGAAAUUUGUGGCGCUGCAUUUACUAUAUCUUCGGGACUUCUGUCGCACAUACGAAGACAUAAAAAUGAAUACACCCAUCAUUGUGAGAUCUGUUUGAAAGGAUUUACUACGAAACACUCACUGAAAGAACACAUGUCUGCUCACUCAAAUGAGCGCAAAUAUCGCUGUAGCAUAUGUGGUAAAGCUUUUAAAAAUAGAAAAACCCUCAAAAUCCAUGAAACUACACAUUCUAAGGGCCGUCAUCACCCUUGUCCCUUGUGUGGAAAAAUGUUCAAGAACGAUGUUGGAGUAAAACAACAUUUGAGAACACAUCGAACCAAUGAGACUUCAUCAACAUCUCCGUUUAUUUAACUAUAAUGAAUUGAAUUUAUACAUGUAUUAGUAUUGAUAUAAAACUGUAAUGCUUUUCCUGUAUCAUUAAAUCACUUUGAAGAAAGCAACAAAAAGUCAUAACGGAGGAUUUGAUUAAACUGUGAUUUAGAUCGUACAAAUAGCAAUAUUUUUCUGUCUAAUAUUUUCCUCAAAAAUUAAGUAGGAAAACUUGUAAACACGACCUUAAUAUCUGAGAAAAUAAUGUUACCGCUUUGCAUUCGUCAA